CGGAAGAGGUUUAGCGCGGUGCUCGAGCGCGCACCCGCAUCCCCGUCCCCAGCUGACUUGCAGUGGCGACCUGUCCUUUUGUAGUCCUCUCGCGGCCUCGAGUCUGGCCGCACUGGAGGCCGCUCGUCUGCGCGCUCGUCCUCGACGCAGCAGCAGCAGGAGGACGUGGCCUCGCUCAGCCGCGGGCCCAGCUCGUGUCGCAUCCACAGCCAGACGUGCAGCCAGGGCUCGGCCUCGAGGCCCUCCCGGCUGCGACCGCGCAGCAUGCUGCCCCCAGCGGCGCCCCCACAGCCCGCCCCGCGGCGGCGCCUCGCCACCCCCGACGCCCCUGUCGCCUCCGCCGCCCCUACCGCACCCCCAUGUCCCGCCGCCCUCAAGGCCUGCACCAUGAGCACCACCUGUGAGCACGCCCGCUCGCCGGAGGUGGCUGCCCCGCGUGCGCCGCUGGUCGGGCUCGCGGCCUGGUUGUGGUCCGUGCCGGAGGACGCGCGCGCGCACCUGCACGACGCGCUGCACGCCGUGGCCGCGCUCAUGGGGGAGCAGCAGGCCGCCGCCACGCAAGCCGAGGCGCGCGCCGAGCAGAUCCAGGAGGAGCACUCGCCGCCCGAGAAGGACCGGCUCAGCCAGGCCGUGAGCCAGGCCGUCAGCCAGGCCAUGAGUCGAGCCGUGAGCCAGGCGGUGGCGCUGCUGGGCGCGCACGAGCAGGAGCGGAAGGAGUGCUGCAAGGGCGUUGAGGUGCCGGUGCCACCCAAGGCGCUGGAGACGCUCUUGUUGGCGACCGAGCGUUGUCCCGGAUUGCAGAGCGUGUCGCCUUGGUCAUCCAAGUCCAUCGUCAAUUUGGACAACGCCAUCCUUACACUGGCGACACCAUCCCUUUCCGUCAAGCGCCUCCACGAAAAUCGACCCGAGUGCCCCUCUGUGCGGCCCUCUGCGCCCCUUUCGCUCGUCGCCCAGGACUCGACCGCUGCCCUCGCUGCCGCACCCCGCGCGGGCCCCGUGCGGCAUCAGAGCUUGUCGCCAAACCCUCCCGCCGAGGCUCUCGGGCUCCGCGCGUCGCCCCCGAGCCUUGUUGUGUCAAGGCACUCGAGCGGACACUCCGGAUGGAACAGCCAGGAGGAGGUCCGCAGCAACAGUAUGACCAUAAACACAACACAAAAAGGACCUCACUUCGGCCUCUACUCCUCCCCUCAUCUGGCGAGUGGGAUUCUCGGUGACGAAUCCAAUACUGUCGAGGAUUCAACAGCGGGCUCCGUAGGGACCAUCGCACGCGUGAGCAGUCGUCCCUCACGCCACAUCGGGGUGCUAGCUGUGCCAGGCGCAGACGAGUCCAUUGCCAUCGUGCCCAAGGGGCCGCUGGAACUGGACCGGGUGGUGCUGGUCUCCGAGUCGCCCUGCACCUCCACCGGCCUGGUCAUCACCGAGCAGGUCGACUCGCAGGACGAGGUCCUGGAGGCCCUGCUGGACCGACUGCCAUCCGUAGGCAGCGCCGCCCUGGUCGCCAUGGCGACAGAGGGGAUGGCCACCGCGCUUGUGGACGAGGACGUGGACGAAUCCGGGUCAGGGGCCGUAGUGGAGCGCGAGGACAACGUGGUCGAGGACCCGCCCACCAUAACGUGCGAGUCCGUCAAUUCGGAGGUGAGCCCCGCCCAGCUGGAAUCAACCCCGCUUCCGGCCUGGCGGACAGCCCUGCUCGAGAAAGAGCUGGAGCGGAGACUCAUGAAGAUGCUGGACCGCACCCAGGCGCGGGUGCACGACCAGCUGGUUCCGACCGCCAGGAAGUUCGCCUGCAGCGUGUCCUACUGGAUGGAGACGUACCUGCUGCGCGCCGAGGACAAGCUCGCGGCCCGCCAGUAG